AUGGAUCAGCAUCAACAAUCCAGCAACAGUGGUGCAAAGACACCAGCCGAACUGCUGUCAGACUCUUCGACUAGUCUAGCAUUCGAGCCGAUUGCAACGAGUGUCAAGCAGUUUCUGGCGUUGCGCAAUGGCGACAAUGACUCCCAUCCCACCGGAGUUGUCAUGAACAAGUUAUCUGUACACGGAAGUGGCACAGGUGCCUUGCCAGCGCCCACUGCUCUUUCGGCGGCUAAAUCCGCCUUUGGUGUGCUGGGCCCUCUUCAAAAUCGGAUACAAAGGCCAUCAUCUCGCCCAAUCCUUCGGGAUUUCUCUGCGACUAUCCAGCCAGGAGAGAUGGUCCUGGUUAUUGGAAAGCCGGGCAGUGGUUGUACCACAUUUUUGAAAACCCUGGCCGGCAUGUGGGAAGAAUACAAGGAUGUCCAGGGCGAAUUAACCCUGGGAGGACAGCCAAUGACCAAUGUGAUUUCCCAAAAUCCUCAAGACAUAGUGUUUUGUGGCGAAUCCGAUGACCAUUUCCCGAACUUGACCGUCUUGAACACAUUGCGCUUCGCGAUCCGAGCACGAUGUGGCCCAAAGCCCGCGGCCGAGGAUGUCGAUGAGAUGGUUCGUCGUCUUGCUCAGCUGGUGGGUCUCGGCCAUGUUCUCAACACCAAAGUGGGCGAUGCCUAUAUCAGAGGCGUCAGUGGCGGAGAAAGACGCCGGGUCUCGUUGGCUGAGGCAUUGGCGACGUGUGCGCGACUUAUCUGCUUGGACAACCCCACUAACGGGUUGGACUCCUCAACUGCUCUCGAGUUCAUGGAGAUGAUGCGUGAAUGGACCCUGCAGAGUCAGUGCGUAACUGCCAUGAGCGUUUAUCAAGGAAGUGAUUCUAUCAUGCCCUUUUUCGACAAAGUUGUCGUGAUCAACGCCGGCCGUCAGAUCUUCUACGGAAGCAUUGCCGACGCCAAAGCAUACUUUCUGAGCUUGGGCUUUGAGUGUUCCUCUGCCACCACCACUGCAGACUUUUUGAACUCCAUGUCGGCCGAUCCCGAGGUCCGCCGGGCACAUGAAGCCCACCAGGGCCCAUUGCCUCGCACGCCCGCUGAGUUUCAAGUUGAAUUUAGCCGCAGCGUUCACUUCGAGCAGCUUCAAUCGGCUGUCGAAAUGGCAAAGGCCCAGCCACCAGUGCCGCGCUCCUCGAAAUCAGGCCAAUACGCCUUGCCUCUCUAUCAACAGAUCGCAUAUUGUACUGCGCGACAGGCCCGCAUCAUCCGACACAAUUACAGUUCCCUGGUGAUUGAGGGUGUGUGUAUUCUGGUCCAGAGUUUGGUACUGGGUACUUUGUUCCGAAACCAAUCACAAAACACGGGGUCACUCUUCAUAUUUGCUUCUGCACUCUUUUACUCAGUCCUCGUCCCAGCCCUGCAGGCGAUGGCGGAGUUCCGCAGCACAUUCGAUCAACGGCCACUUGUUCUCAAGCACAAGCGAUACCGGCUCUACCGACCUAUGGCCUAUGGCUUCAGUCUCACAAUGACAGACAUUGUCUGGAAGAUUUUCGUUAUUUGCUGGAACAUUCCGCUCUACUUCCUGACCGGCUUUCAACGAACCCCGGGAAAUUUCUUUACAUGGUUCGUUGUGGUAUAUGUUGAGCACUUGGCGCUGUCUAUGUUCUUCCGCUCUGUUGCAGUCUUCUCGUCCAAUAUGCAGCGUGCAGUACUCCCUGUAGGCAUCUUCUUCAACAUGUAUGUCCUGUAUACAGGACUGUAUGUGCCGACUCCCCAAAUGCAUGUGUGGCUGGGCUGGUUGCGAUACCUGAAUCCCCUGCAUUACGCUUUUGAAUCCGCCAUGGUCAAUGAGUUUGCCGGUCUGACCUACGAAUGCAGUCCGUCCGAUCUGGUGCCAUCGGGACCUGGAUACAACGACAUUGCCCAUCAGGUUUGCGCCGUGGUGGGCUCGCAGCCUGGACAAAAAUUUGUUUCCGGGGUUGAAUACAUCAAGGCGCAAUAUGGCUUUUCCCAUUCAAACCUUUGGCGCAACCUAGGGAUUAACAUCGCUUUCUUCUUGGCUUUUACUCUGAUUGCAGCAAUUGGGCUGGAGAGAUUGAAGCAGCCGGCAGGUCGCUUGGCGACUGUGUUCUACCGCGGGAUGAAAUCGAAGAAUACUCUUUCCGCCGGAUCGAAGUCGUCUGAUCAAGAGAAAGGGACUAUGGACCUGGAUGUGCCCCCACAGGACAGCCAAUCAAUGGCUCGAGAGCUUGAAUUAUCUCACAAAAUUACUCUCGAGCAAGCCCCCCGCGGUCUGACCUGGAAAGCACUCAGCCUCGAUGUCAAAACGAAAGAUGGUGAAAAGCGCCUCCUCAACAGCCUCAAUGGAUCUGUGCGCAGUGGCCAGAUGAAAGCACUGAUGGGUGUUUCGGGUGCUGGAAAGACGACCUUGUUGAACUCGCUGGCUGGCCGAUCAACUGGAACAUUGACUGGAAACCUCAAGCUCAAUGGAAGCUUGCUCCCCAAGUCUUUCAACCGCCACAUGGGAUACGUGCAGCAGCAGGAUAUUCACCUUCCCACGCAAAGUGUGCGAGAAGCACUGCAGAUGACCUCCUGCCUUCGUCGGCCGCAGGAUGUCUCAGCCCAAGAAAAAGAUGCCUAUGUCGAACAGGUGAUCCGCUGGCUUGAUAUGGAAUCCAUUGCCGAUGCCUUAAUCGGAACCCCAGGAGCCGGCCUCAAUCUGGAACAGCGCAAGAAGGUCAGCAUUGGUGUCGAGAUGGCAGCGAAGCCUGAUAUCUUGUUCUUGGAUGAGCCGACUUCGGGUUUGGAUGGUCAAUCGGCAUACGCGAUCGUCCGUCUUCUGCGACGCCUUGCCGACUCUGGCCAGGCCAUUGUCUGUACCAUCCACCAGCCUGCGGCUGAAUUGAUCACCAUAUUCGACGAGCUUUAUCUCCUGGCGCGUGGCGGACAGUUGGUUUAUGAUGGACCACUCGGCGUGGGGUGCCGGCAAGCGAGGUCAUACUUUGCGCAACACGCUCGUCCCUGUGGCGAGGGCGAGAACCCGGCUGAAUACUUCCUGGAUGUUAUUGGAGCUGGAACUCGCGGUGAUAUUCAAACUGACUGGGCUGGGAUCUGGAAACACAGCGAGCAGGCCUCUGAUUCCGAGCGGUCUGACAAGGAAACCGAAUCAUCUUCCAAUAAUGCCAUGGCUCUGGAUACCUCGUCUCAGUCGCUCUAUGCAGCGCCCUUCCGCACCCAGAUGCUCGUGCUGCUCAAGCGAACGUGGCUUUACUACUGGCGCGCUCCUGACUAUGCCACGGCCAAGCUAUGGAUGAACAUCGGGAACGCCCUGUUGAAUGGUCUGACCUAUCUGAGCUCGCCGCAUACUCAGCGAGGGGCCUACAAUCGCGUCUUUUCGGCCUUCAUGUCGCUCAUCGUUGGUCCGCCACAAGGUCUGCAGGUCCAACCGCGCUUCAUCACUCUCCGAAACAUCUUUGAGCACCGCGAACGCCAGAGCCUGACUUACCACUGGCUCGCGUUCAUCUUCUCGGCUAUUCUCGUUGAACUUCCAUAUGCCUUUCUGAGUUCACUGGUGUACUGGCUCUUGUGGUACUUUCCAACGGGUUACUCCAUGGAGCCCAGCCGUGCAGGAUACAGUUUCCUGAUGUACGAGCUCUUUGCAGUAUUCGCGACGAGUCUUGCACAGCUGUGCGCCUCGCUCAUGCCCACGCUCGAAGCUGCACUCUCAGCAAAUGGAUUCUUCUUCAUGUUCUGCAACACUUUUGCCGGAACCCUGUCCCCCGAGCCGGUGACUCCCGCCGGAUGGCGCUGGUACUAUCGUCUGUCCCCACUUUUCUACAUGAGUGAAGGUGUGGUGUCGAACGCGCUCAAGGAUCUUCCUCUUACCUGCGAGCCGUCUGAGGUGUCGGUCUUCCAGCCGCUGAAUGGCACGUCAUGCUACCAAUAUGCCUCAUCUUUCCUGGAGGAUGCUACGGGUUAUCUGCUCAAUCCGAAUGCCACCUCCAGCUGUGACUAUUGUCCAUACAAGAAUGGCCAAUCUUAUUACACUCAAUAUAACUAUGACUUUGGCAACAGGGGCCGUGACGUUGGCGUGUUUAUUGGAUUCAUUGCCUUUAACUUCACUGCGGUGCUGGUUAUCACAUACCUCACCCGUAUCCGACGUUGA